GGAAGUAGAGGCCCGAGGCGGGGUGGAUGCAUCAGGAUAAAGCUCAGCUCCAGCUCUGGGGUCCGGUCGGAGAGCGCGGCACUCGGGCCGCGGCGUGGAGCGCGCUAAACUCUUGAAAAGGGCAUCGAGUCUAAAGUGCACCAGCUCACUCUGGCUCUCUUAGCACCAUGAACAAUAAUGGAACAGGCCUGGCCAUUGGCUACCUCUCCUCUUCUGUGGCAAUACUUUUGUUUGGCUCAAACUUUGUGCCACUCAAAAAAUAUGAUACUGGUGAUGGCAUGUUUCUCCAGUGGGUGCUUUGUGCUGCUGUGUGGCUGGUUGCUGUAGUAGUCAACCUUAUACUACGAUGCCCUAAGUUUUGGCCUUUUGCCAUGCUUGGGGGCUGCAUUUGGGCAACAGGAAACAUUGCUGUUGUUCCAAUUAUCAAAACCAUCGGCUUAGGCCUUGGAAUCCUUAUCUGGGGAUCAUUUAAUGCCUUAACUGGCUGGGCAAGCUCAAGGUUUGGCUGGUUUGGAAUGGAUUCAGAAGAAGUGUCAAAACCUCUCCUCAAUUACAUUGGAGCUGGGCUUUCCAUAGUAAGUGCUUUCAUAUUUUUAUUCAUCAAAACAGAAGUAGCAACUAGCACGUGUUCUAUGGAUACCACACCAUUAAUGACAGAACAUGUGAUCAACACUGCUCCAGACCCCUGUGCCGGCUGCUCCUGGGUGGACAGACUUUCUCCAGCACAUCAUCGCAUAGUGGGCUGCAGCCUUGCAGUGAUCUCUGGAAUCUUCUAUGGAUCUACAUUUGUGCCCAUCAUUUACAUCAAAGACCAUGGCAAAAGGAAUGACAGUAUAUAUGCAGGAGCGAGCCAGUAUGAUUUAGACUAUGUUUUUGCACACUUCAGUGGCAUCUUUCUUACAAGUACAGUCUACUUUCUGGCCUACUGCAUGAUCAUGAAAAAUAGUCCUAAGCUCUAUCCAAAGGCAGUCUUACCAGGCUUCCUGUCAGGAGUACUGUGGGCAAUAGCCACCUGCUGUUGGUUCCUAGCUAACCACUCUCUCAGUGCCGUGGUCAGUUUUCCAAUCAUCACUGCUGGUCCAGGAUUUAUAGCCGCAUUGUGGGGCAUCUUCGUUUUCAAGGAAAUACAGGGUCCACGGAACUACUUAUUAAUGGCACUUGCAUUUUGCAUUAUCCUGACUGGAGCUCUGUGCACCGCUUUUUCUAAACUCUAACGGACACAGCAGUGGUUCAGAGAAUUCUGCUGGAUCAGGGAAAUUCUGCUGGGAGCAGAGUGAGAUCACUCAGGGAAUGAAUCUCAGCUACUCUUGGCAUGGGUAAAUGACUACUACCAACAAAUGUGAUUGGAAACUUAUGAUGAGCUGUUAAUGAAGGCAGGGCUGUGCUGGGUGACUGAAGGAAGGUCUUCAUACCUGUGCCAUUACCCUUGAGUGGGUUGGGUGUCAUACGCUACAAAACUGUGAAAUUGUGCCCAAGGAAGCACCUGUGCAAAUUUCUAACAUGAAUGAAGAGGAGCAAAAAUGAGGGUAAAACUUAUGGAAUUAAAUUACAUAGAUGUCUGAAUCCUUUGCUAAAAGAAAGUAAAUGUCAUGGUUGGUAACAUUUAUGUUACAAAGAUCAUUUCAUUAUGUUUAAGCAAAUCUUAUUUUAUUCAGUCAAAUAAAUGUUUCUCAGCUUUACAUCA